GCGUACAGGCCUUUUAAUCACCAUAUAAAACCCAAAACCCUCUCUCCCUCUUUCUCUCCCGAAAAUCGGCAUGGAGUUCCAGUACCGCGCCGGCGACGAGCGCCGGAGCCGCUCUCUGCCUCCGACCACGCCCUCGACACCAGCGGCGCCGAGUACAUCCGGCUCCGGGUCGGCAGACAGCCACGGCGGUGGCGGUCCGGCACAGAGCGUGGGGAAUCCGGUCAUGCCCUCGCUCUCGCCUGCAACGCCCCCACCGCCCGCGACGGCGGCGGCCGACUCCGCUGAUGAGUUGAGGCGCCAGGCGGAGAAGGCGAGGAUCAGGGAGCGGAUCCUGCGGGAGGAGGCGGAGCAGUGGGAGCUGGAGCUGGAGGUUAGGCGCGAGAUCAGGGAGCAGCUGCUCCGCCUCUCGUGGCCCGCGCUCGGGAGCUCGGCGGCGGGAUCGGGAGCGCCGGUGGCGCCGCCGCCGGCGAGGAUUGUCACCGGCAACGCAUCUCUGCCUGUUGCCGCGCGUGAGGCCCAUCCUGAAGCAAACGUAGCAGCCACCUCACGGGUCAAGCGGAAGAGCCCUGAUCAUGCGGCAGCGUCCACAGUAUCAGCAGCAACAAGGAGCAAGAAGCAGAAGAUCACCUUAACCUGCAUGGUGUGUGGCAUCUCGACAAACAGCGAGAAGGCCAUGCAGGACCAUGUCAAUGGGAAGGUGCACAAGAGGAAGGCCACAGCACUUUUGGAGCUGCCAAAGCCAAUGACAGAACCAGAGCCUGAGGCAGGGCACGAGGCAAGGGACGGAGAGUUGGCUCAAUCGGGGGACUACACACCAACUAAGCUCACAAUGCUAACGAACACAGGAGCGCUGAACGAGGUGAUGCAGAUGGACGGGUAUCUUCUCUGUGAGGUGUGCAACGUGAGGACAGCCGAUCGUGUCACCAUGAUGUGCCACCUCGAAGGGAGCAAACACAUAUCCAAGGGCCAGAAUAAGGGUCAAGCGUCCAGCAAGCCACCAGACCAGGCUGCAAAGGAGGGCGUGAAAGGCUUGUCUGUGCCAGAAGCUGACACAUCAGCUGUUGCCACUGCUGAUCCUGAAACGCUGGUUCUGGAGUUGUAUGGUGUGUCACACACCGUGCGGAUGUUGCAAGGCUUCCUGCUGUGUGAGCUGUGCAAUGUGAAGGCCCCAUCGAUGAAUGGAAUUCGGCACCAUCUGUUAGGGAAGAAGCACAAGAAUAAGGCAAAUGCUAGCUCUGAUGUCUCUGCCAACGUCUCCACAGGUGGAAAUGCGGCAGCAAAAGUACAACUGAUGGACAAUGACACAGCUGUCAUCGCUGCCAUGGCAGUUCAGGUGGAAGCACCAUUGGCGAAGUCAGUGGAAGCAAAGGUUGGUGAUGAUAGUGAGCUGCAAGUAACAACUAUGGCUUCCACAAAAGAAGACGCUGCCACUGGGGACAGUACCGAGACUCAUGGAGAUAAAGAGAUGAAGGCCAGUGCAAGUGCUGCUGUGGCUGAGGAAAAUAAUUUCUGUCGUUUUGACUCUCUGACCAUGGAAGUAGAUAAUGUAUGCCAUCCUAUACAGCGGGUGGAUGGCUUCCUCGUCUGCCCUUGCUGCAACGCUAAGGCACCAUCUGAGAUCAUCAUGCGGUCGCACCUUACUGGGAAGAAGCACAAGCACAAGAUGAGACUUGCUGUACGAAACAACAAGAAGGAUGCAUCUGUCCUUUCCACCGGGGGUGAUGAGGUGCUAGGAAAGAGCUCAAAGUCCAUGGAAGCCAAUGUAGAGGCAGAAUCAGCACCACCGAUAGUGACACAAGCAAAAAACGCUGCUGCCAUGGCACCCAUGGGAGUAGAUAGUCCAGCUGAGGUUAAAGGCAUUGAACCUGCGGAGGAUGGCGAGAUUACUCAGGUGCAAAGCAACAGCUCAAAUUCAGUGAAAGCUGGUGAAAAGGCAGAACCAGUGCCGCCAUUAGCAGUGCUACAAGUAAAAAAUGCUGCUGCCAUGGUACCCAUGGAAGUAGAUGAUCUGGCAGAAGUUCAGCCUCGCAUUGAACCUGCAGAGGAUGGUGAGAUUACUCGGGUGCAAAACAACACCUCAAAGUCAAUGAAAGCUGAUGAAGAGGCAGAAUCAGAACCGUCAAUGGCAGCACCAACAGUGAAAAACAUUCCAGCCAUGGCGCCCAUGGAAGUAGAUGGACCGGCAGAAGUUCAACCUUACGUUGAACGUAUAGAGGAUGGCGAGAUUACUGAGGAAGCUGUAGGAGAGCACUCAGCUGACAGAGCGAAUGGCUCUGUGGCCCAAGCGAAGGAAUCCGUGGAGACCAAUGACAAUGCUGCGCCUGGUAAGACAAUCAAGAUCCAGGUGGAGGGCAAGGUGUUCACCGUGCUGCAGCAACAGAAUGGCGGGCUCUCGUGCCAGACGUGCGGCGUGCACGGCUGCAAUAAGGACGGCAUGAUUCUGCACCUCUACACUCGGAUGCACUGGGACAAGGCCAAUCUUGCACAAAAGGAGAAAGAGGCUGCUGCAACAGCGGUGGACGACAAGGACGGCAAUGGCGGUAGUGCGGCUGGUGAGUGCUCAGGUGGAGCACUAACGACAACAGUGUGAUCAUCUGAGCAGUUCGUUGUUUGCUUUUUCGGGUUGCUGUAUUAUCUGUUCAUGUGCAACAACCAAGUCAUGAAUACUAAACUUUUUGGGCAAUUAUUUUCUGUUA